AUGCCACGCCAGACCAAGAAGCCUGAGGAUAAGAAGGUCUCUGUCGCCCCUGCUACCAUGAUUCCAACCCCUACUGCUGGGGUUAUUCCUCAACCACCCAUCAUUCCCCUCGGCGUCGGCCAGCGCGUCGUCGACAACGAGAGCUUCCUUCGGGUUCGCGACUCGGCUGUCGGCCGUCUGAGCACCAUCCUCGAGCUGCUGCGCUCCUUCACCCAGGACUACAUCCGCCAAACAAACCUCCUCCUGGGCGAGCACACCGCCGAGGGCCAUGGCGACCUGCUCAGCACCUUUGAGAGCGCCGCCGCCUCCCUCAUGAUGCCCAUCGCCGCCGAGAUGGGCCUCCACGUGGAGAAGAAGGAGCGCAAGAAGCGCACCCACGACCCCAACGCCCCCAAGCGGCCCCUGACGCCCUACUUCCUCUACAUGCAGCACGCGCGGUCCAUCAUCGCCAAUGACCUCGGCGCCGAGGCCCCCAAGGGCGCCGUCCAGGAGGAGGGCCAGCGCCGCUGGGCCAACAUGAGCCCGACCGAGAAGAGGGGCUGGAACGCGGCCUACCAGUACAACCUCCGCCUGUACAACGCCCGCGUCCACUCGUACAAGCACGGCAACCCCAACGCCAAGAACAUGUCGGACGAGGAGGCUCUCAAGUACGCCGACGACUACCAGAUCCCCAUGCCGUCCAUCAAGGAGGACCCGGCGGCCGAGGCCCCCGUCGACGACCACGACGCCAUUGAGGAGCAGCUCCAGGACGAGGCCAAGACGCCCAAGAAGUCCACGUCCCGCAAGCGCAAGACGGCCACGCCGGCGGCCGACACCACCAUCAUGGACACGGCCAAGGCCACUCCCGCCAGCCCGGACAAGAAGAGAAGACGCUCUGCCAAGGCCCUGGAGGACAAGGAGGAGCCCAAAAAGUCGUCCCGCAAGAAGAAGAGCUCCUAG